AACAACAAAUGUUUUACCGUAGAUUUCCGUAAUAAUUUUGCAGCUUUCUUGUUCAAAACAAUCCAUGGAAAGUGUCUCGGUGCUGCUGCACUCAAGAACAACCCUCUUCGGCUUCAGUUUGAAAGGCAACCAAAUAGUUUCUUGCGGGCAUUUCAACAAACGUUUCCAAAGCAAGGGUUUUUAUUCUCAACAGAGCCUCAAAGCCGUCCAAAACCCGUCCAGUUUCAUUCUUUCACCAUUACCACUUAAGAAAACAAGAACCCACUUUUUGUCUACACUCACAUGCUCAUUUUCCAACGCUCAUAGCUCAGAUUCUUAAAACCCAUUUCCUAAACCCUUCAAAAACCUCUCUUUUGACUCACUCAAAACAAGUCUUUCUGAGUUAACGCCUAUAAAAAUUGUCAAAUGGGCUGGUAUAGUUUCCAUUGCAAUUGCAGUUACUAAAUGGACUGCAAAUUUGGUCUUCAACCCUUUCUUUUGGAUGUAUUCUAGCUGGAGUUGGGUGUUCUGGCCAUGGUUUGUGGCUAUAGCCCUUGCUUUUUAUGGUUUAUAUUGUUUUCGAAAGCAUUCGAUUGGUGAAGCCAGCAUUGUAGAGCAACUUGCUAUUGUUACUUCAUUGUUCACUUGGCUAACUUUAGUACCGCCGGCUUAUUUCAAUGGCUAUCUUGAAGGUUGGCCCUUUAUCCUCUUCUUUGUAUACCAUUAUUUCUUUUUCUUCAAUGUUAGUGUAAGAAAACGACUGUAUGGAGAUUAUUAUGCUCGUCCACAUGACCCAAAGUGGGAUGUGAACCCACCCAAAUGGUAUCGCCUUUUGUUCUCUGUUGGGGUCAUGGUUGGGCACUGGCUUGCUGCAUUUGAAGCGCCGGCGCUGCAUCAAAUCCCAGGAGGUUGGAGCAAUGUUGGAGUUUGGAUAUUGAUUGUGGCAGCUUUGUUGAUGCAAUAUAAUUCAACGUUGUAUCUAGCAAAGUAUUCAGAGAAGGUAGUAGUGCCAACUGUUGUUGUACAAUUUGGCCCAUACAGAUGGGUUCGACAUCCAAUAUAUGCAUCAACUAUGCUUUUGUUUGCAACUUAUUGUAUUGCACUGAGAGCACCUAUUAGCUCGCUGUUUGUUUUGGCAGUUUGUUUGAUGUAUUAUGAGCAGAAAGCAAAAUUGGAGGAGGUUUUAAUGGUAGAGACUUUUGGAGAGGAUUAUUCAGUGUAUGCGAGUAAAGUUAGGGCAGAGAAAACUGCUUGAAGGAUCAACCACUAGUUACUAGUGGACAAUAGGAUAGUCAAAACUCAAGACAGAUGAUAUCGACCUCAAGAGUAUUAGUUAAGAAUAUCAGCUUCUGUUUUCAUUUCACGUUUUGAUGGGACAAAUUUUGCAAAUGAGGAACUUGUUAACUAUAAACAUGCUGUAGAUGAAGAAAUUUGUUAAAAGUCAUGGUUAGUGCCUUGUAAUGAAAGAUCACGCAACCUGAUAAGGAAGAACUGGACCAUGUUGAAUAA